AGGGGAGGUGGGGGCAGUGGCUCAGGUUUCUCCUGGCGGCGGCGGUGGCAGCAGCAGCGGCGGCGGGGACGCGGCUAACGCUGGCACCAUGAGCCCGCUGUAAAGCGCAGGCUGCGCGCCGCCGGGAAAGUGGGGAAGAGGAGGACGCGGCAGUGAAGUUCUUCGCCAUGAAUCUGAGGGGCCUUUUCCAAGACUUCAACCCGAGUAAAUUCCUCAUCUAUGCCUGUCUGUUGCUGUUCUCUGUGCUGCUGGCCCUUCGUCUGGAUGGCAUCAUUCAGUGGAGUUACUGGGCUGUCUUUGCUCCCAUAUGGCUGUGGAAGUUAAUGGUCAUUGUCGGAGCCUCUGUUGGAACUGGAGUCUGGGCACGAAAUCCUCAAUAUCGAGCGGAAGGAGAGACAUGUGUGGAGUUCAAGGCCAUGCUAAUUGCCGUGGGCAUCCACCUGCUCUUGUUGAUGUUUGAAGUUCUGGUGUGUGACAGGAUCGAAAGAGGAAGCCACUUCUGGCUUCUGGUCUUCAUGCCGCUGUUCUUUGUUUCCCCGGUGUCUGUCGCAGCCUGUGUCUGGGGCUUUCGACAUGACAGGUCACUAGAGUUAGAAAUCCUGUGUUCUGUCAACAUUCUCCAGUUUAUAUUCAUUGCCUUGAGACUGGACAAGAUCAUCCACUGGCCCUGGCUUGUGGUGUGUGUCCCCCUGUGGAUCCUCAUGUCCUUCCUGUGCCUGGUGGUCCUCUAUUAUAUCGUGUGGUCCGUCUUGUUCCUGCGCUCUAUGGAUGUGAUCGCAGAGCAGCGGCGGACUCAUAUCACCAUGGCACUGAGCUGGAUGACCAUUGUGGUUCCUCUGCUGACUUUUGAGAUUCUGCUGGUUCACAAGCUGGAUGGCCACAAUGCUUUUUCUUGUAUUCCCAUCUUUGUCCCGCUAUGGCUCUCACUGAUCACGCUGAUGGCAACCACGUUUGGACAGAAGGGUGGAAACCACUGGUGGUUUGGUAUUCGCAAGGAUUUCUGCCAGUUUCUUCUUGAGAUCUUCCCCUUUUUGAGAGAAUAUGGCAACAUCUCAUAUGACCUCCACCACGAGGAUAAUGAGGAGACAGAAGAGACCCCUGUUCCAGAACCUCCUAAAAUCGCUCCCAUGUUUCGCAAGAAGGCCAGGGUGGUUAUCACCCAGAGCCCUGGGAAGUAUGUCCUCCCGCCUCCAAAACUAAACAUUGAAAUGCCGGACUAAAGGGCACUGGUGGACCAAGCACAGGUGCCUGGGACGCACGCCCUUCCUGUUUCCUCUGCACCUGCUUUAUCCCAGACCAGAACGGAGCUGGGCCUCCAGGGCCGACCAACCCUCUCCCAUGCCGUUUGCAUUCAGCGCUGACCAGCUGCCCGCCACGGAAGUACACAGGCGGCUGGCGCUUGGUGGUGUGUGCAGAGAGAGAUGCCAGGGGCCAGGGCAUGUGAGAGAACGGGAAACCCCAUGGCUCCAGGGCAGGUACCUGCUGUGUGCUACCCAGUCAGCCAUAGCAGCUCAGAGGCUGCAGAAGAAGCCUCUGCCAGCGGGGCGGCUUUCCCAAGUGCUCAAAUCCUGAUCAAAAGUGUGGUUGGAAGAUGUGUUCUCCAGGGUGCUACGCCCUACUCCAGCUCUGAGCUGUCCUGCUGCCCGCAGCCAAUGGGGACUGGAACUAGACCUGAGCACACUUGGUGUGCAGACCGAGCACAGCCAUGCAUCCCCUGCCCCUCUGCAGGGGUUUUCCUCAGAGCGUGAUGGGCGCAGGUGUUCGUGGCCUCAUCCCUGAGCCCUUCCCUGUGGAGUGGCUGACUCCAUGCCUGUAUAGUAUUUAUACAAAUAUUUUAGCGUUGUAACAUACGACAUCAAAUCCUGGUUCUGUACAGCGUACUCUGGUAAAAGUAUUUUUUUACAAGCUUGCCCCGAGACAGACGUGUUCUGUACAGACACAGGCAUGGGUGGCAUUUCUGCCUGGCCCCAGAGGAGUGACGACCCUCAUAGAACAUGGCCAUUUGUGCCCUGGCAUUACUUCUGGACCUUAGUGGCUGCUCCUUCCAGCACAGGCAUGUGAGAAGUGCUACGUGCUCCCCUAAACCAUGGUGCAGCAGCCAGUGGAAUCCUAGGAAAUGCUGCAUGAGACCGGGGCACCGGAAAAGGCACAGAGAAUAGAGAGCCCAGAGGAGCAGCCUGACCACAGCACGGAGAGUGUGGGCACUGGGCCAGUGCUGGCCUUGUGGCCAUGGUAUGCCGGGCUGCACCGCUGCAGCUCACGUCCGGGUCCUGCAAGUGCAAUAGCCUUUGCUGUAGAAUCAGUGGGUCAUUUUCCAGAGGAUCAAGAGGAGCAAUGACCUUCUGAUGCCAAUGGCCAAGGCAGGCUUUCGAGUGACCAGCUGCUCAAUGGCCUCAGUUGGAAAGAAGUGACAUCCACCUCCUCCCUGCCCCUUCCCCUGGCAGAGGCCUCCAGCAUCAUUGGUCUGUUUCAGGGGAAAGGGGGGUGAAUGUUGCAGCACUUCCUGCUCAGUGUGUAAAAACUGUAGCUAAGUCCACUAUUUUUGCUGCCUGUAGUUGUCUAAUAAAUGAAUUCCUCAUUUUA